UUAAAUAGUCUGCAGAGGUUUGAUAUGUUUUUAAAAUCCAAACAUUGUAACAACAGCGGGCAUUUGUUUAAUAGAGUAAGGUUGGAAAGUUGAAGAGUAAAGUUUUUGUAGAUAGUUUUCUUUAACCAUGCCGUCACGAUUAGACCAGAUGCAACAGGAGUUUCGUCAGAAGUUGCUGUUGCAGAAGCAAGAGAAGAAAACGGUUGAUGCACAAGAGUUUCAAUCAAAACUAAGAAUUCCUGGUUCAACACAGAGAGGUGGUCAAAGCAUCUCCAAGCCAAGUGGGUUCAACCACGUAGCUCCAAGUGACCAAAGUGUUGGGGCAACAUCAAGCUCUGCCCGUCUGCCUAUAGGGGCAACAAAAACUGCUGUUUAUGGAGAGCGAUCCCAACAUUUUGGUAAAAAUAUGAAGACAAACACCAAUAAUGGACAUCAGGAAAAGCCUACUAUGAAUGGGUUAAAAAAAUCUACUCAUCAAGGUGGGAGUCAUGUUGUGGCUCAAUCAUCAAGUCAUACUGUACAAGAAAAUGUUCGGAAAAACCAUCUUGCAUCUACUCCUCAAAAGAGUGUAAAAUCUGUUCAUGAGAAGUUAACUGAAUCAAAUAAACCAGUCAAAAAGCCUUUCCAUGAUAAACCUGUAAAAGUGCCAGUGAAGCCAAUGCCUGAGAAGGAUGCUGCUAAACCUCAAAUAAGUGUAACUAAAAGGUCUUCAAAUACAAAACAAAUUAAUUCUGCUCCCAAGACAAGCUCCUUAAUGGCUAAGAAAUGUGGUGCAGAGUUGGUUCAAGAACCUCUUAGGUCCAAACUCAGAGACCCCAACCUAGAGCAAUGUAAAUUCUGUUGUAGGAGUUUUGCAAAAGAUCGCAUUCAUAAACAUGAAGAAAUCUGUGAUAAAACUUCAAAAAAGAAGCGGAAGGUGUUUGAUGCCACAAAAAUGAGAGUGAAAGGCACCGAAGCAGAGCAGUUUGUUAGGAAAAAAUACAAGAAAGAAGAUCCAAAGCCCAAAAAGUCUAACUGGCGAACACAACAUGAAAAUUUCAUAGCCAGCAUUCGUCAAGCUAAGGCUGUCCAAAAACAUCUAGCAAGUGGUGGCAAGCUGUCAGAUCUCCCACCACCACCACCCUCGGAAAACCCUGAUUACGUCCCUUGUCCUCACUGUGGUCGGAAGUUUAAUGGUGCAGCAGCUGAACGACACAUUCCAAAAUGUAAAAACAUUGUCUCGAACAAGAAGCAAGUUGUGACAAGUUUUUCAGUGUUGAUAUAGAACUUGCACAGCUAGCCUUCAAUUACCUUUGAGUGAGAUUCAACAACAACAAACUAUAUAGAGUUACUGUACCUACUGUUAAUCAUGACUUAAUGAUUAGAUCACAGAGAAGCUUUGAUAACCCAAUAUGUGAAAGUCAGUUUAGUUACCACACAAGAAAGAAAACAGCUAUAGAUUGUUUCAUUCUUAAAUCACCAUAUACUAGUAUCAAAAAUAUUUUAUUCUAAAAUUUUUGGGAUAUAGGAAUGGGAAAAAAGAUCAGAAACUAGAGAGCACUUGAGAUUGGAGGAAAAUCUGAAUUACCCAUUCCACCACUUAAUGUAUAUAUGCAUCCACCCUGCAGUGUUAUAAAAAAAAUCUAUAGACCUAAUACUGAUGGCAAGUAUAAUUAAUUAGAGCUAUUAAGGGUUUUUUCGAACCUGG